CAGUGAGAGAGAGAUCAACCGGAACCCGGAACGAUGGACGGUGUCGCCGUGCCAGAGUACCUCGACGAGGUGUUCCUCCAGAAGACGCUCGCCAACGGGAUGGCACUGCAGAGUCCGAAAAUUCUCGACCACAGCAUCACACGGGCCACGGCGAACGGGGACAACUACCUGAGUGAUGUGUUUCGGAUCGUGGCCCGGUUCCGUGACGGGACCGACGGUGAAGAGCAAACGGUUUCACUGAUCGUUAAGUGCCUACCGAGCACCGGCACACGCGCACCGAUGCUGGAGGAGCUGCAAGUGUUCGAAAAGGAGGUCACCAUGUUCCAGCGCGUCGUGCCAAGGCUGUCGGAGUUGAUGGUGAACCGGGAGCGGUUUGCUGCCCGGUGUUUCUACGCCCCAACCGUGCCGGAGCGUGCGAUUGUAUUCGAGGAUCUGGUGGCGCUCGGAUUUCGAUCCGCUAACCGGCAGGCCGGACUCGACUAUGAGCACUGCGCGCUGGUUAUGCGGAAAAUCGGUCAAUUUCAUGCCGCUUCGAUGCGGUUCGCCGAACAGGAGGCGGAUUUGUUGCGCGAUCGGUUCAGCUACGGUAUCUUUCGGCCGACGCAGACCGACACUUCGGCCGAUCUGGGAAGGAUGUUCGAGAACGGGUUGGUAUCGCUGAUCAAGGUAGCGAAAACGCGGUGGCUAGACUUUGACCAAACCAUCGUCGCCAAGCUCGAGCGUCUGGCCCCGGUGUACGUGGACCGGCUGCGCCAGUGCGUGUUGCAGGACUGCGAAACGGACGACGGACGGGGUUUUCGGGUGCUGAACCACGGCGAUCUCUGGUCGAACAAUAUGCUGUUCCGGUACGAUCCUCAAACACCGAGCAUCGUCGUCGAUGUGAUGUUUGUCGAUCUGCAGCUCAGCGUGUACUCGAGCCCGGGAGUGGACCUCAACUAUGCGCUCGCGAACUGUCCCAACUACGAGGCACGCUCGCGGCUGGACGAACUGAUCGAGGUGUACUACCGUUCGUUCAGUGACACCCUGCGGCAGCUCCACUACCGCCUUGUGCCGUCGCUGGCGCAAGUGCGGCGCGAAAUACGUCGCAUGGAGUUCUUCUCGCUGGUGUGCAUCGUCUCGAUUCUACCGAUCGUGCUGAUGGACAAAACGGACGAGCUCGUGGCGGACUUUGACAGUCUGUUCGACGAACAAAAGUCGGAAAGGGCGCGCGAAAUACAGUACAACGGUGCCAACUACCAGCGCAUCGUACGCCCAAUGCUGGUGGAAUUCAACCGUCGGCAGUUGCUGGACUAAGCCCGGUAGCCAAUAAAGCACAUUAGAGAGUGGACCCCCCCCCGGGGGA